AUCUCAUUAUUUUAGCUUUAUUCAAUUACUUCUCUUUGUACAUAAAUCUUAACGUUGGUGCGCAACAUCAUAGUUGAUAUCAACGGUUUGACUGUUAUGAACUUCAAUUUUUAUUACAUAAUUACAAAUUCAUAAAAAAUACGGUAGACCAAUUAGGCGGAACAUUCCAUCCGCAUAGGGCCUACCACGACUUUACAAGAUGGCGAGCUCCACCGGCGGAUCAGGAGUUAUAGUUCCACGGAACUUUCGUUUACUCGAAGAAUUGGAACAAGGUCAGAAAGGUGUUGGUGAUGGUACUAUUAGCUGGGGAUUAGAAGAUGAUAGUGAUAUGACUCUUACACGCUGGACAGGCAUGAUUAUAGGUCCUCCUAGAACACCAUAUGAAAAUAGAAUUUACAGUUUAAGAAUAGAAUGUGGCCAACAAUAUCCUGAAGAACCUCCUUCUUGUAGGUUUCUAACAAAAAUAAAAAUGAAUGGAAUUAGUGAGAGUACUGGUUUGGUUGAGAAAAAAUCUAUUACUGUGCUCAGUCGUUGGCAAAGAACGUAUUCGAUUAAGACGGUUCUUCAAGAGCUUCGUAGAGCUAUGACACUGAAAGAAAAUCAGAGACUUAGUCAGCCACCAGAAGGCUCUACAUUUUAGCAAAAAUAAAUAAGAGGAUAUGCAGUUACGAUUAGCAGAUCAUUGAUCAUGCAAGCACUUUGUAGUUCCUGUGCUACUUUGAACAUAGGGAUGUACAAACACAGGCAACAGCUGUUUUAUAAAGUCCCCAUUUUCUGUCUGUCUGAAUUGUGGACCAGCUUGCUUCUCCAGUAAUCAGUGGAUUUGUUAUAUUCUGAGUUAAAAUAAUCUUCAUUUUGUCUGCAAACUAUAAUUUUUACCCUCAGGUUUGACGGCAGUAAAUGGGGCAUGGAAAUAAAUAGGUUACAGCAUCCUUUUGGACAAAGUUUUUAUGAAGUAAGAAGCUAACACUUGUUUGUUUUUGUUGUUUUUUUCUUGAUCAGAAUACUAAAAUGAUCUAUUUCCUGGCUAUCAAAUCUCAAAAAGUCAUCAUUAACGAGAAGAGAGAAUUGGUGAUGGUUUAUAAUAUUCAGUUGUUUCUCGAUUAAAAAAACAAAAUUUCUGACUUUGGUGCAUUGUUAUGGUUUUAUGCUAGACAAAACUAUACUUAAAAAUACUGAGAAUAUCAUUUGAUUAAAAUAUGUCCAUUUGUAAUAUCUGUGUAUAAUUGUUUAUAUUGAAAUUCAAGUCUUUUUUUGUUUUCCUAAUUAAUAAUGAAACAAAUAUAACUUGAUUAAAUUCUUAUUUCAUAACUAUCACCACCUGUAAACAUCUGUUUUUCUCUCUUUUUUUUUUUCUAGUAAAAAUUAAUAUUUUUAUUUAGUAUCAGUUGUUUCUCUCAUUUUAAACUAAUUGUUUUGUCUGUUGUGAGUAAAAAAAUACGUGCUGUACAUUCGGUAUUCUCUUUUGAUAAAAAUUUGAUUUUGUAUUUAUUUUUAGUUUGAACCUUUUAAUCUGUUACUUUUAAUUUGUGGGUAUUAGAAAAUUGACAUCAAUCAAGAGCUUUUAACGUGUAUGUGAGAUGGCAGUCAGUUGCUAAUAAAGUUAUUUCACUCCUUGA